AUGGGUAUCGUGGAAAGAUUUCUCCCCAAGGAUGACCGCUUUGCGGCCCUCCUGUUGUAUGGCAUGAUCUUCUCAAGCUGUUUCAGUGGAUAUGAUGCUGGGAUUAUGACAGUGAUUCUGGCCGAUAAACAGUUCAUCGAAUACUAUGAUAUCGACGACAAUAAGUCGGGCAUGGUUGCAACGAUCCCCUGGGCGAUGACAGCAUUCGCCCAACUCUGGCUGGGAGCCUUCCUUGCUGGAUGGCUUGGACGUCUCUGGGCUCUACGAGUCUCCAUCUGCAUCAUGGUCAUCGGAGUUAUUGUCGAAGUUGUCCCGAAUACCUUUGGAAUCUUGAUCUUUGGAAGACUCCUAACCGGUCUAGGCUUUGGAUGCGUAUUCAUCGCCACCAACCUCUAUGUCGCCGAGUGUGCACCCACCAAGCUCCGCGGCAGCUUUGUCGGAACAGUAUCCCAGUUUGGCUACCAGUUGGGUACCCUGAUCGCCUUCUGGUCCGGCUAUGGAAUGUCCUUCCACAAGUCGCCCUACAAUAUCGCCUGGCGUGUCUCCAAUGCCAUCCAGAUCCCUAUCGGGAUAGCUUUUAUCGUGAUCUCGUUCUGGUACCCAGAAAGCCCACGAUACAUACUGGAGAAGCACCCAGAGACGCCCGAACGGGCUCUGAAAGUCCUCAGCAGACUCAGAUCGGGGGCGCCGACUGACGAACGUAUCCGGACGGAGUUCCAUGAGCUCGUUGCCUCGUAUGAGUUCCGGCGUAGAUAUGAGACGGGGUAUAUUGGGCUUCUCAAAGAUAAGAGUAUGCGCAAGCGCUUGCUUUAUGGUAUCUUUGCUGCAAGUCUUCAACAGUGUGGUGGUAUUGCUUCGCUUACUAUGUAUGCCACGUUGAUCUACCAGAGUCUUGGAUGGGACUCAGGAUCGCAGGCGUUGACGAUCAAUGGGAUCCAGUCUGUCCUUCAGUUGCUCAUCGUGCUUGUCAACACAUUCACAGUUGACCGAUUUGGCCGACGAGGCCUACUACUUGCUGGGUUUGCUAUUCAGUCCCUGGCACUCUUGAUCAUGUCUUGUCUUACAACUGCUUACCCGACAAACAAGAACCAGGCGGCUGCCAUCGUCGAGGUUGCUAUGUUGUUCAUUGUUGGCUUGACGUACUGCUGGUCAAAUGGCCCUAUUGCCCCGACAGUGGUGACAGAGAUCUUCCCUCAGCAUGUUAGAGAUAAGGGGUUUGGUCUUUCGAUGCUUGGCCAAACGUGCUGGCUUAUCAUGCUCACGCAGUCUUGGCCAUCUUUCAACAAGAAAGUCGGGGGUCACAGUUAUUGGCUACUAUUUGGUUUGAAUGUGGCCGCUGGGAUAUCUGUUUACUUCAUUCUUCCCGAAACCAAGGGCAUAUCUUUAGAGCGAAUGGACACGAUCUUUGGGGGUCCGGAUAAUGUAGCGGCUGGGGAAUCUGAAGGAACUUCUGAGAAACGUGAAGCCAUAGCCAUCAUGAACGAAGGAGAAAAGGCUCCAGCGGCUCAUGUGGAGGAUGCUGCUCAAGACCGUCCUUCCCAGGGACCAGAGAGGUCUUCUGUUUGA